CAUGUUUUAUUAUAGUUCUCCCAACAAUAUGAAUUAUCAUCAUCUUGUGCUUGAAGUAGCACUUAAAUAGAACACAACUCUAAUUUUAACAAGUGAAUGUCCUUCCCAUUUUCAAUCUUGUUUAUUGAAAUAAGGAAUAAAGAUGGAUGAUUUAGUUAAACAAUAAAAAUUAUAGUAAGAUUAAUAUUUAUACAGAAUCAUAGAUUUAUUCACAUAAAACUCUUUAUGGCAAGAUGAAGAAUUACCUUUAACUGAAACUACUCCUAAAUUAUGGUCAGAUCCAUAACCCUUUUAAAAGGAUUUGUAGAAUUAUUUAUUGAGUUAAGUUAAGUAGAGAGUAGUUAUUUUGGAAAAUCUAUCCUUCUUUGAAAUAAUGUGUAAUGAAAGAUAACUAAAACCUUUAAAAAUUAUAGAAGAAUUAUUAUCAAAAUGUGAUUAAUUACAUAUUUUUGGUUCUAAAUAACCAUUAAGUUAAGAAAGUGUUUCUAUAAUCAAUUUUAUCAUAAAGCACUCAAUAAGUGUGACAAAUUUAUUACCAAAUCAAUCUGGAUUCUCAAAAGAUAUUGAUGGUUAAAUGAUUAUAGAAACAAGACAUGAUUCAGGAAUAUGUUUUGAAAAAUCAAUCUAUAAUUUAGAUUAAAAUAAAGUUAAUUAUUUGAGUGCUUUGAAAAUGAUAUGA